AUGAAGACAGCGGCAUUUGUUUUCCUUUCUGGCCUGCUAGGGAUUGCCCAAAUACCAUUGGUGAUCGCCUCCCCCAAUUGUCCCUUAAUCGGGGCGGAGUUCCCUCCGCCUCAGCGACUAGCUGAGCAUCCGAUAUGGCAGAGGGCCAUAAGAAAUAUCACAGCAGCCUUUGACUACAUCGAUGGAAGCAACAUUACCGGCAUUGAUAGGUUCUCAUACUCUAUUCAGAUCUUUUCAACCAAUCCAGGGGCGCCUAUCCUUUGGGACCGGCAUCGGACUGCUACGGAUCUACCUGCGGAUACCCCUGGUGUCAGUGUGGUAGAUGGAAAUACAGUUUAUCGUCUAGGUAGUGUUUCGAAGGUCCUCGCUGUUCUGGCGUGGUUGGCCGAGCUCGGUGAUGUUCAUUGGAACCAACCUGUCACAAAAUUCCUCCCAGAGUUGGCGGUAUACGCAGGGAGAUCUACUUCUAACGCGUUCGACGGGGUACGAGAGACAGCAUGGGAUGAUGUAACGAUUGGGUCAUUGGCCUCUCAAGUAUCUGGGCUUGAGCGCGAUUGUAAGACUCGAGAUUACUCAGACGGAAGACGUACCUUCAUCAUGGAAAGCAGAUUUUCCAACGCUGUCUACUGCACAAAAGCCGCCUUGUGGAAGUUCUUUAGGGGUUUAGGCAGCAUGUUUCCUUCAUAUCCGCCAUGGCAGACCGCAAGUUACUCGAACGUAGGUUAUCAAAUUUUUGCCUAUGCGCUCGAGAGCUUCACCAAAAAGAGAUUUGUGGAUAUCUUGAACAACCGGAUCAUCAAACCUUUGGGUCUAGAACACACAUAUUACGAGAAUGCACCCGCUUCGGUCGGGAUCAUUCCUGGUACCAUAAAAGAGACUUACUGGAGCGCUCAUCUAGGCGACGCAAGCCCCGGCGGCAACAUGUACUCCUCACCGAACGAUCUCUCCACAAUAGGCCGCGCAAUACUUUCGUCCAAGCUCAUCAAGCCAGCUCUUACCCGCCGCUGGCUGAACCCUGUCACUUUCUCAGCAGAUAUUGCCGCCUCAAUCAGCGCCCCAUGGGGUGUUCGGCGUAUACAGCUUGCCAAAGACACGCAACCGCAUCGCUCCUUGAGUAUCUUCACCAAAGCGGGGACGUUUCGAAAGUAUACAUCUUUCCUCACGUUAAUGCGAGAUUACAACCUUGGCUUCACCAUUAUGAUGGCCGGGGAUCCAGCGAUGAGCAACUUCAUGGGCGCGGAUCUCCUGGGUGCAGCGGUGAUUCCUGCGUAUGAUGCGGUAGCACGCGACGAGGCGGAUAAGCUGUUCAGUGGUACAUAUGCCGCGCGAGAUGGGCCCAUUACCAGGUCUUGGUUGACUAUCACCACCGAUCCAAAUAAACCUGGUCUUGGAAUUGGCCCCUGGAUCAGCAACGGGACGGACAUGGUUGACAUGGCCACAAAACUACAAGCUGGUACAGAUUAUACAACUAUAAAUGCGGAAGCUCGCCUCUAUUACACCCAGCUGGAAUCUCCGAUGGCGAAUGGCGGGAAGAAGCAGGCAUGGAAAGCCGUAUACGAGGACACCGGACGCCCGGCGGCUGGCCCACAAUUGUGGUCCACUGACUGCGCUGCUUGGGUAAGUGUUACAGGCAUUACCUACGGUUCGCUUCCUCUCGAUGAGUUUGUCUUCUUUUUUGACAAGAGUGGGAAAGUGGUUAGUGUUACGAACCUGGCACUCCGGUCAACGCUUUACAAGCUAGAGUCCUAA